AUGAUUACUCAGGAUCUACUCUACUUGGCCCCUCCUCUCCUGCCAACUGAGCAGAUUGGGCCAAAGAUUUGGGUGCGAAACAUAUUUUUUUUCGAGCUCUCGGAAAGAUAUAACAUGAGCGCACUGGUGGAAAUGCUGAGGCUAGGCUAUCGUAACUUGAAAAAGAAUGUUCCUCUUAUUGGUUGCGAAGUUGUCCCUGCAGGAGAGAGCCGGGCUGGUAUGUCGAAACUUCGGCACUAUGGCGAUGAAAAUCUCAACGAUUUUACUGUCAAGGACUUUCGAGCUGAUAGUGCUUGUCCCAGCUUUGCAGAACUCAAAGCUCAAGGUUAUCCAUCAUCUGCGCUUGACCCCGACAGAUUUUGCCCCCGUGGCCUGGGAGGCGAAUGGCCUCAACCCGGGGACCGUGUCACUGUUUCCCUGAUGCAAGCCAAUUUCAUUCGCGGUGGUCUCCUUCUCAGCAUGUCUUUUUUGCAUGUUUGUUGCGAUCAGACUACUGUAUUCAAGUUUAUCGAGGUCUUUGCUGAAGAAAUUCGACGUGCUCAAGGGCUAGCAAUCACUGAUCCUGCUGAAAUUCAUUCGGAGGACCGUGAAAAUAUGAUGAAGGUGUCCGGGAACAACGCAGAAAUUUGCUUAGAUCACCCUGAGUACACCAUACUCGAGUCAAGUCCCAGCAAAGUACCGCCCCUAUUGUCGAGAGAUAUCCACCACGGCCACGUAUGGUAUUUUUCACCUGAGAGCCUUACAGCCCUUAAGGAGGAAGCUUCGCCCAAGAACGCAAAGAUAUUGAAACAUGAAACCCUUCCGCCAUAUAUCUCUACCAACGAUGCUUUGACGGCAUUAAUAUGGAGAUCUACAAUGGCCGCCCAGCACUCAGCAGCGCUGAGAACUUCUACUGGAUCUCUUGGUUCAAAAGCUCCUCGUUCUGGGGAUCUUUCGCAAGUGGCAAUUGCACUUGACCUACGUCGACGAUCCGGAUGUACCAUACAGAAACACACCCUUGGUAAUAUCUUUGGAUUUGCUCCGGCCAUUCUGGAUCUUAACCAGAUCAUUCAAGAGGCUUCACUCGCGGACUUAGCUAUCCUCGUGAGACGUGCUGUUUCCAGAGCCCAAAACGUUUAUCUUGAUGAGAUAAUCAGCAUCGUUGACGACCUUGAUGAUGUGAGCUGUCUCGUGGCAACUUGUAUAUUGGACAUGCCGGGAAAUCAUAUCAUUCAGACAUCCUGGCGAGACUUUCCCUUUUACGACAUUGAGUGGGGUGAUGCUUUCGGUAGCAAUAUGAAAGCUCUACGACCACCGUCUUGUGGGCUAAUGCACGGCGUGCAGGUUGUGCUUCCCAAUCCUAAACGAGGAGGGUCUGAAGUGUGGGUUGGAGUCGAGGACUCGUCAAUGGGCAGGUUAAUGCAAGACCCAUCAUGGAGGACUUAUGCGGAAACUCUUACUGCGUUUUAG